AUGUAUGAGAAAAUAAAUGAUUGUCAUGUGAGUGUCGGACAUUCGGGUCGUGACAAGACAUGGAACGAGGUGAAAACACGAUACGCUGGUAUACCUCAGCAGGCUGUGAUUAUAUUUAUUAAUAUGUGUGAUGUUUGUCAAGUUCGGCGGGCGUUUCAUAAGCCACCAGCUGGAAAACCAAUUGUUUCUAUAGGUUUUUUAACUCGAAUGCAAGUCGAUUUGAUUGAUAUGAGAAGUUCAGCGUAUGAUGGAUUCACUUUUAUCAUGCAUUGUAAAGAUCACUUUACAAAAUUCAGUUGGUUAUUUGCAUUGAAAUCGAAGGAAGCAAAAGGUGUAGCUUUCCAUUUGAAAAACAUAUUUCACACAUUCGGUCCUCCUAAAAUUUUACAAUCAGAUAAUGGAAAGGAAUUUGUGGCGAAUGUGAUUUUGAAUUUGAAAAACACUUGGCCAGACUUAUUAAUCAUCAAUGGACGCGCGAGACAUCCACAAAGUCAAGGAUUAGUGGAAAGAGCUAAUGCUGUUGUUCAACAAAUGUUAGGCAAAUGGUUAGAUAUAAAUGAAACUUCUGACUGGCCUAGUGGUUUAGGUCCUGUGAUGUUAGCAAUUAACAAUUGCAUCUCACAAAGUACAAAGAAAACACCAUACGAAAUGGUUUUUGGACAGCCAUUAAAAAUUGAUCAUGAAUUCUGGUUAGAAUUACAUAGGACAUCAACAACGGAUGAAUCAGUGAUUAAUGAAGAAGAUUUAUCUGAUUCCUUUCUUGAAAACAAAAGUACUGCUAUCCAUUCUACGAAUAUGAGUGAUCAAGUUCACAUUGUCGAUGAUGAGUCAAGAUCUGCAUCAUCGACUAAUACAAAUGAUGCUGUAUCUGAUGAAAAAUCUGUAAUAACUGGACAUAAACGCAUUCGAGAUGAAGCUGAAAAAAACUAUCUUAAUACAGCAGAACGACAACUGAAAAUUUACGAACGGGUAUUAAAGAAGAGAAGAUCAUUUGAAAUGAAUGAUAUUGUCGGUUUGAAAAUAGCAGAUGUUGAUCGUUCGAAUACGGCACCGGGUGUUUUACCUUGCAAAAUAAUUGAAAUCAUCGAAAAGAAUGAUUCUGCAAACGUAUUUUAUAGAUUAGCUACAGAAGAUGGUAUCAUUACUGAACUCUUUUCUUCCUCGGAUUUUAUGGACUUGACUCAAACUGUGUCUGCGAAUUUACGGCAGAUUAAGAUCGAUACGUUACCGAUGAUAACAUUUAUCCACGCUUGUAAAGUAUUCACGAAAUUUAAAACAAAUAGACCAUGCAAAUGUAUCGGGACAUGCGAGUCUAAUCGUUGUCCAUGUAAAAGGAAUCAAAUUCAAUGUUGUACGAAAUGUCAUCGUGGCAAAUCAAUUUGCAAAAAUAAUACUUGA